AAAUUCACUGUAGCGCCUGAUUGGACAAUCAAGAAGAUGGAUGUGAGUGUGGAAAUGCCGGAUGAAAUUGAUUUGGCAGCAUUCCGUGCUUGCGGUAAACAACCCACCGAAAAGUUGUUGCCGGCCAAGACUGCUGAUUUCUCACGUGGCAAAUCAACUCCGGAUAUUGACAAUGAACUGUGUGCAAUGGGUUUUACGCCACAAGCUUCACGUCGUGCAGUUUACAUGACCAAAAAUACGGGCAUACAAGCAGCAUCAACAUGGAUUCUAAAUCAUAUGAGUGACAAAGAUAUCAACGAGGAGCAUCCCGAUCUCAUUAGCGUGACAAGUUCAGCAGAUCCUGGAGCAAUUGAACAGCUUACAAAUCUCGGCUUCACCGUCUAUCAAGCACGUUAUGGACUUAACAAAAUGAAAGUGCGGCCAUCAAUGGUUCAUUUGCUUAAUCGCUGUGCAAGUCCCGGUCUCAAUUAUAAUAUCAUAAGUGCAUAA